UUUUAUAGUUGUCUGUGGAAUCUAUUUCUAUUAAAAUAUUGAGUUAAUAAGUUAAAUGUUAUUGAAAAAUUCUUAGAGAACAUUAGAGAGUUCCUUCCUAAAUAAAUACUGAUAGGUAUAGUACAAUUUCAUGAUAUCUAAAUACCACUUUGGUAUUCAGAAUGUCUGAAACAUACGAAUAUUUGUUCAAAUUCUUAGUGAUAGGCAGUGCUGGAACAGGAAAGUCAAGCCUUCUCAAUAAUUUUAUAGGAAAUAAAUUUAAAGAAGACAGAUGCCAUACCAUUGGUGUUGAAUUUGGAUCUAAAAUAGUUAACAUUGGGGGAAAAUCAACGAAGUUACAAAUAUGGGACACAGCAGGACAAGAAAGAUUUCGAUCUGUUACACGAUCAUAUUAUCGUGGAGCAGCUGGUGCUUUGCUAGUGUAUGACAUUAGUUCCAGAGACUCAUUCAAUGCUCUCGCUAACUGGCUCCGAGAUGCACGGACAUUAGCAAGUCCAAAUAUAGUAAUAUUGCUUGUUGGUAACAAGAAAGAUAUUGAAGAAUCUCGUGAAGUAACAUUCUCAGAAGCUAGUCAAUUUGCCCAGGAAAAUGAGUUAAUGUUCCUAGAAACAAGUGCUAAAACAGGGGAGAAUGUAGAAGAGGCUUUUUUAAAAUGCUCAAAAACCAUUCUGGCUAAAAUAGAAACUGGUGAAUUGGAUCCGGAAAGAAUAGGUUCUGGUAUACAGUAUGGUACUGGAACAUCAAAAAGAUUGUCUCCACCCAAGAGGCCUGUCAGAGCUCCAUCGGAUUGUGCUUGUCGUGUUUAACUUUCUAGAUCUCUUAUUUUUUACCCUCCUUUUGUGAUAGGCAUUUGCAUGGCCACAGUGAAGUGUAAAUGACACUAUUUGAAUGCAACUUAGUAUUUGUGCAGUGACGACUUGUCCAGAUUAUACUUAUAUCUUGUUUAAAUUGUAAAAAAAAAUUAUAUGAAAAAGUGAUUUCAACUCAAAAGUUUAGAAAUUUUUUGGAACUUACCAGCUGGUGUAAAAUAUGCAGUUUAUUUAUGAAUUACUGAUUUUAGCCUUUGGAUAAGAACUGUAUAUGUAAGAUGUGUAGAUUCAUAGUUAUUUUGUUAUGAUUAAAAUUUGUUUUAACAUCUUAUCCCAGAAUCUCUUUCAAAAAGAUCUCUCUCAAAUAAUUUCACUUCUUACACAACAUGAAUUUAAGGAACAAUUUUUGUUUAUGUUUUUGUUCUUGAUUAUAUUUAGGAUAAUUUUUAUUAUGCUGAAUGUUAGGUUAAGUUAGCAUAUAAGCUAGUGACCACAGGCAUAUAUAAUAUGCACCUUAAAUGACUGUAAAUGAUUUACAAUUAUAUAUUUAAGUAUGUAUUUGUAAUCUCAUAGAAUACACAAUAAAUCCUAAGAAUAAUUAUAAUUUCAUGCUUUGCAUAUGCACGGUUGGUUAAUAAAUUAGUUAAACAAAGACAAUUAUCUUUCUAUUCAUCAUCAUUAUCUCUUCCUAAGUAUUGGAGCAGUGGGCGUCCAGUCACCUGCUCGCCCGAACUAAUGGUACUAUCAGAUAAGCCAAAAAAUCCAGUUUGCUCUACUACACAAUAUUUAUCUUACUUUUCACAAAUAUUGUAAACGCGAACGU